GCUCCGGCGUGCCUUCCGCUGCAGCCGCCACGGUCUGUGCCCACCGCCGCCACGGCGAAGGCUGGGGCCGCGCUGCACCCGGAGCUGCGGGCCCGGCUGCAGAGACUUGGCAUCGGGCUCAACGCGGAUUUGCUGCGCCCCGGCGUGGAAGGCGGUGCUCCAGCGGCGCCGAGCGGCUGCGCGCGGGACGACUCGCACAGGGCACCUGCGGCGCCCGCCGCCAGAGCAGCUUCCCCGGCGCCCGGCGGCUGUGCCGGUGGCCCCCAACCCACCGAGGCUGCGCAGCCGUCGCCGCCCGAGGGGGAGGCCGCCGAUGGUCGGCGGCGGCCUGCCGAGGCGGCCGGCGGGGACGGUGCACUCGGCGACCUCUGCGUGGACGACCUCUUGGGCCAGCUGGAGGCCCUGGACGCGAGGCAGGAGGCGCUGCAGAGGGGCGCCGAGAAGGCGCGCCCCGGCGGGAGGCGCCCGACGAGCGCCGCCGCUCGCAGGCCCUCCAGGAGCCCAUCGCUGACCCCAGUGCCCGACCCCGCCGCUGCCUCCGAACUUCCCGCCCCUGCCGCCGAGCCGCCGCGCGAGCAGCGGCGCGAGGGCGGCGAGGGCGCCGCCGCUGGCCGCCGCGCCGCGGAGGCCGCCGAGGCCGUGGCAGCGCAGCACCCUCUGGAGGGCGUUUCCCUCGGGGCUGCCGCCGCCGCGCCCACCGGCUGCUUCCGCCGGCACAGGUCGCGCCGGGAGCUGCCGCCCGCCCUGCCCGACGGCGGCGCGGCCGCGGCCGCCGCGGCCGCCGCCAGGCGCGGCGCGCGCGGCGCGGCGGGGGCGCGGGGGCCGUCGGCGUCGCCCCGCGAGGCCGCCCUGGGCCUCGGCGGGCGGCCCGGGAGUGCGCCGCGGGCGAGGGCCAG